UGGAACCAGAAUGCCAGGUCGUUCAUUUCUUGGCGCUUCGAACCCUAGCCGCAGGAGAGGAGAGGGGAGGGAGGAGAGAUGCCGGCCGGCCAUGGAGUCCGAUCGCGGACGAGGGAUCUCUUCGCGCGGCCCUUCAGGAAGAAGGGGUACAUCCCUCUGACGACGUACCUCCGGACGUACAAGAUCGGCGAAUACGUCGACAUCAAGGUGAACGGCGCCGUCCACAAGGGGAUGCCCCACAAGUUCUACCACGGCCGCACCGGUCGCGUCUGGAACGUCACCAAGCGCGCCAUCGGCGUUGAGAUCAACAAACAGGUUGGUAACCGAAUCAUUAGGAAGAGGAUCCAUGUUCGUGUGGAGCAUGUGCAGCCUUCCAGGUGUACAGAAGAUUUCCGCUUGAGAAAGAAAAAGAAUGACCAGCUGAAGGCGGAGGCAAAGGCACGUGGUGAGAUCAUCAGCACAAAGCGGCAGCCUGAAGGUCCCAAGCCUGGUUUCAUGGUUGAAGGAACCACGUUGGAGACUGUCACUCCAAUUCCCUACGAUGUCGUCAAUGAUCUCAAGGGUGGUUACUAAGAUGUUAUCUCUCUCUCUCUCUCUCUCUCUCUCAAAUGUUUGCCUCUGCUUUGCUAGUUUGUCGGAUGCUGUGUGUUUUUGGAGCGCGCUAUGAUACCUGAAAAUAUUUUAUUUGCUUCCGUGAUGGUUAAAGCGUUAGAGACUGGUAGCCAGAUUUUUGAUUUUUAAGUUGCAUGUUUCAUUUGGUUUUA